AUGGAUAAUGGAUUUACCACAACAGAACCACAAAAAUUACAGCAUGGUACCCACGAAAAAUUUAGAGACCUAGAAUACACCAGGGCAGACAACACAAAGGAUGAUAUUUGGCACCAUGUAUCCACAACAUUUAAUCCAGCAGAUAUUAUAUCUCGGGGACUACAACCGAAUGAGCUUCUACACAAUCAUUUGUGGUGGCAUGGACCCUCAUUGCUUCAGGAAGUUCCAUCACAAUGGCCAUCUACCUUUCCAGAGGUACAAAUCGCGCAGCAAGUUGAUUUAGAGACAAAAUCAACCAUGAAUGUUCUAGCCUGCACAGGAAGAUUAAGCGCAAGGGAGCUAUAUCAAGCACUAAGGGUAUUAGUAAAAAUUGCACAGAAAGAGCAAUUUCUUGAAGAAUGGAAAGACUUGAAAAUAAAAGGACAAGUCCAUCGAAAGAGUAAACUCAUCACGCUCAAUCCUUUCAUAGAUACAGAGGAUCUUAUUCGAGUUGGAGGCAGAAUGUCACACGCAAACCUUCCGUAUUCUCAAAAGCACCAGUUAUUGUUACCAGCAAAACACAAACUGACUGAACUUAUUAUCCAUAAUGAACACAUCUCACUUUUACAUGCUGGUCCACAAGCAGUAUUAUCAUCACUUCGUCUACACUUUUGGCCUUUAUCAGGGCGAAGAGAAGUACGAAAGGUAACACACAAAUGUAUCACUUGUUUUAGACACAAACCUACAUCAACUAAUCCCAUAAUGGGCCAAUUACCUACACCUACAGUAACUCCAAGCAGACCCUUUCACGCAGUUGGGUUAGAUUAUGCUGGGCCGAUUUCUAUAAAGGAAAGUCACAGGCGUGGAAGAGUUCACACUUUUCAAUGUUAUGUUGCACUGUAUUCAAGCGUUUUAUGGCAAGAAGAGGGAAACCUACACAUGUCCACUCAGACAAUGUCCACUGCCACAAAUUUUGUAAAGGCGAAUAAGGAUUUACGUUCCAUGAUUGAACACCUACAAAAUCAUACUGAUUGGAACCAAAUAGAAGACUUUGCCGCCAAGGAACCCAUCACUUGGCAUUACAUUCCUCCGCGAUCACCAACUUUUGGAGGCCUGUGGGAAGCUGCGGUCAAAUCUGUAAAAUCACAUAUGAAAAAGAUAACCGGCACUGCAAAUCUCACAUACGAAGAAUAUGUAACAUUGUUAACACAAACUGAGGCAUGCUUAAAUUCACGACCUCUCAUACCUGCUUCUAAUGACCUUAACGAUCUCACCGUCCUAACCCCUUCCCAUUUUCUUCUUGGGCAACCACUCAAUCUCACACCAGAUCCAAAUUAUAAGGACCAUCCAGUGCACUUACUAAGGGUAACAUCUAUGGCAGCGGUGGUCAGCCGACUACUUGAACCAACUUCAAGAGCGAAGCAAAUGGUGCCAACAACCAACCACAGCAGUCAUCAAGAUAGGUAG